UCCACCACAGUUGAGAUGGCAGUGGAUGAGUUCCAGGGGAGACGAGUCUCCGUGUGGGACCUGCUGUCCUCCGACUACCUCCCUGAGGACAAAAGGCAGGAGCUCCUGGCGCUGUACAGUGACGGGACACUGCCCUUGGAGCAGUUAAUAGCUGUUGUCACCACUCUCAUUAAGAAAAAAGAAUCUACAGGCAGGAAAUUCCAAAUCACAGUCAAGCACUCCAGCAAGGACACUGUGCCAGCAGCCGGAGAGAAGGAUGAUGACUCCUCCAAAGAGGAGCCACGGGAAACAGCCUUGAAAACCACACUUGUCGACAUGGAGGUCGGAGAGUUUCGGGGCCACAAGGUCUCUGUGUGGGACCUGCUCCACUCCAAGUACAUCCCUGCGGAGAACAGGAAGGAGCUGCUCGAGCUGUACCAGGCAGGAGAGUUAACCCUCGAGCAGGUGAAAACCGUUGUCAGCACCAUUGUGGCCAAGACAGAAGCAGCAGAGGCAGAGGAGUCAGCAAAUGUGAGUGGUCCAAGGGCAGAGAUGGCCGUCAUAGAAGCGGAGCACACCCAUCACCUGCAGGACAGGACCUGGGAAAAAAUCUUGAAGUCCACCACAGUUGAGAUGGCAGUGGAUGAGUUCCAGGGGAGACGAGUCUCCGUGUGGGACCUGCUGUCCUCCGACUACCUCCCUGAGGACAAAAGGCAGGAGCUCCUGGCGCUGUACAGUGACGGGACACUGCCCUUGGAGCAGUUAAUAGCUGUUGUCACCACUCUCAUUAAGAAAAAAGAAUCUACAGGCAGGAAAUUCCAAAUCACAGUCAAGCACUCCA